CCCAUUCCUCAGCCCCCCCUCUUCCCAACAACAACACCAACCACCCAACAACAACAUCAACCACAGCCUCGAAUCCUAGUCCUGUCCCGGCAUAAUCUUACAGCUGCCUGCUGCACAACACCAACAUCGGCUUAGCCCUCGCCUCUGUCUCGCAAAGCGCCUUCGCGAUCAUCAACCAACGCCAACGCAGCAUCAUCGCGUGGAAUCCUCAAGUAUCAUCUCCUGUUUCAAGUAACGCAAUCAAAGGAGACGCGGCAAGAAGACGAAAGCUUCAAGUCGUUCACGCGUGUCACAUUGAUCAACUCGUGCGUCACUCGGAUCAACUCUUUAACAUCGGGAAGAAAGAGGCUUGACUCCGUGCGUUCGCGCAGUUACGCCGGCUCGAGUUUGGCUGCUGCUGCUGCUCCUGGCUGCUGUGUUUGGAGCUACAGCUGUCUCCGCCUGGUUGCGCCUGUGUGCGCGGGGAGGAUGAUGAUGAAGACGAUGAAGAGGACGACGAAGAUGCUGCUGCUUCUCUGCGUGGUGCUGUGCGCGUCUACUGUCGAGGCACAGCAGCAGCUGCCUGCAGCACCACGACCCGUGGCGCAGGGAUGGUCGGCCAAGGAACUGGCCGACAUCGACGACGUGAUCCGGAGCGUGGCAGACACCGCAGCAGAACCCAUCAAGGCUCCCCCAGUUGAGGGGAACGGGACGACCGCCGCGGAGACGGCGGUGGAGACCGUGGAGGAGCUCGCGGUCAACCCCGGCGAGCUGGACCCGUGCGCCGGGGAGCUGGUGCCCCUGAACGGGGGCGGCUGCGGCUGCCCGGACGGCACGACCCGCCAGGGGGACAACUGCACGUGCCCCGCCGGAUUCGAAGCCCAGGGGCCGGGAUGCGUCGACGUGGACGAGUGCUCGCUGGGACCGGGUCCGUGUGGCCUCCACGCCAACUGCACGAACCGCAUCGGCUCCUUCCUGUGCGAGUGCACGCGUGGCUACAUCAUGGGGCCCGCAGGGUGCGAGGACGUGGACGAGUGCGCGCUGGCGCGGAUCACGGGGCUGCAGGCGUGCUCCGGCAGGGGCGUGUGCCGCAACGCGCCGGGUUCGUUCUCGUGCGCAUGCGAGUCGGGCUUCGUGCUCUCACUGGACAGCCGCGCCUGCAUCGACGUGGACGAGUGCACCUUCGAGGAGACGUGUCGGCGCGAGCUGGGCAACCUCUGCGUCAACAACCUCGGCAGCUACGCCUGCGUCUGCCAGGGCGGCUUCCGUGCCCAAGGGGCUGCGUGCAUCGAUGUGGACGAGUGUGCGGAGAGGCCGGGGCUCUGUCAGGGACGCGGCGUGUGUCAGAACUCACUCGGGAGCUACCGCUGCUCCUGUCCCCCGGGCUACCGCGGCAACGGCACCUCCUGCGAAGACGAGGACGAGUGCGCGAGCGGGAAGCACGGCUGUGACGCGAACGCGCGCUGCGGGAACAUCAUCGGCUCCUACUUCUGCCAGUGCCUCCAGGGCUUCAACGGCGAUGGAUUCUCCUGCUUUGACAUCGACGAGUGCACGGUGGUGCAGGGCGGCUGCGCGAGGCUCUGCGUGAACGAGCCGGGCAGCUUCCGAUGCGAGUGCGACGCGGGCUACGUGGUGGCUCCCGACGCACGCGACUGCAUCGACUUGGAUGAGUGCUCGCUAUUCAACGGCAACUGCAGCCAGGCGUGCAGCAACACGGAGGGCAGCUACAAGUGCUCGUGCACACCCGGAUUCCAGCUGCACGUGGACAAGCGGCAGUGUGUGGACAUCGACGAGUGCAAGGUGCAGAGUGGGGGGUGCUCGCACGUGUGCACCAACUCGCCCGGUGGCUACGCGUGCGGGUGUCCCAUGGAGCUGGCACUGGACGUGGACAACAAGACGUGCAUCAACAUCACGUCGUGCGAGCAGCGGAACGGCGGCUGCGAGCACGUGUGCUCGGUGCACGCCGAGGCCGGCGUGGAUUGCUCCUGCCGUGCCGGGUGGCAACUCAACCCCAACAAGCUGUCGUGCGACGAUGUGGACGAGUGCGCCGACUUCACGCGCGGGGGCUGUGAGCAGCAGUGCGACAACUUCCCCGGCGGCUUCAACUGCUCGUGCUCGCCCGGCUUCCGCGUGCGCACGGAUGACCUCAGCAAGUGCGAGCCCGUGUGUGACCCGCCCUGCCAGAAUUACGGCGAGUGUGUGGGGCCCAACUCGUGCGAGUGUCCCCCUGGGUACCCGGGUCCCAGCUGCUCGGCCAUGUGCACACCACCUUGUGCCCACGGGGGCACGUGCAUGCGCUGGGACGUGUGUCUCUGCCCACCUGGGUGGACUGGCCCAGGAUGCCACACAGCCGUGUGUGAACUCCCCUGCGCUAACGGCGGGCGCUGCGUGGGCCCGGGCGUCUGCCAGUGCUCGUCCGACUACACGGGGCCGCAGUGUCUCUCGCCCACGUGCACCCCUGCCUGCCUCAACUCUGGGCGCUGCAUCGACGUAAACACGUGCAUCUGUGCCGGAGGCUGGGAGGGCACGCGCUGUCAGAUUGAGCCGGUGCGCUGCGGCGCGCCCUGCAGGAACGGGGGCUCCUGCGUGGGGCUCAACCGCUGCCGCUGCCGCCACGGCUACACGGGAGCCGCCUGCGACAGCGCCGUGGUGGAGCCGUGCGUUCCUCCGUGUCUGCACGGGGCCACGUGCGGACCACACAACUCGUGCUCGUGCCCCGAGGGCACCGAGGGCCUCCGCUGUGAAAAGCUGGUCUGUCCUCUGGUGACGCGGGCCGUGCUGGGGUCCCGGGCGGUGCGCAAGGGCGUGCGCGAGAGCUACGUGGACCGCUGCGGCCCGCUUGGCGUGCAGCUCUGCACCAAGUACAGGAUAAACCAGGUACGUGUGUACGUACAGGCGUACACGGUCGGCUACAAGAUCCAGUGCCCAGCCUCCAAGCUCAACAAAAGGCCCUGAUUGCAGAGAUGCGCACGCAUGCAUGCACACACACACACUCAAAUGUCAAAUCACCUGUAUAGAGAAUGUUGGGGGCAAUUCCUGCUGGCCAUGUUUUCACAAAUCACACCCGGUACUAAUUUAAGGCUGGGUCGAACUAGUGAAGAGGCCCAGGACUGGUUCUGACAUCGCUGGCUUCGAGUGCUUCGGACGUGGCUGGAAUCGGAAAGCAGGUUUAACAGGUUUAACAGGUUCACAGUGCUUCAACCACCGCACCCCACACACGGACACCUGCAGUGAUGCCUCGAUGGAGCCUGCAGGCGAGUGGUCUGUGCCAAGACUCAAGGGCCGGGGGGCCGAGACAGGCGCUGGGUGUGCCAGGCUACGAAGAGGGGAAAUUGCCAACUUCGUUACAUCACUACAAAGAUACAGAUUUCCACCCCCCCCUCCCCUGUAUAGGCAAGUGCUGUUAGCGAGCACCUAUGAAGGCCGGCACGGUACGCGAGGGGGUGGGUGGCCAGCACCACGCCCGACCGUCUUUGUCUCUUCCCGGUGGCGAUGUUUACGCACUGCACCAGGUACUCAUUUGAGGCUGAGUCGACCUAGGGGAGGCCCACGACCGGUUCAGAUAAUCGUCACCGGUGUUGGCCGUCAGCUGGGAUCGAAGUCGCGCACUCGUGCAGGGCAAAAACAAAGACGCCCACUCGGCCGUGGAGUUGACGCCUGUCCAUGAGGCUCGAUGUUACUGAGCUCUCCCCCCCCUCUCUCCUCCCCCCUCAACUCGCUUUUAAGGGAUUACAUCUUGAAUCAUUGCCUCACUUGAUGCAGCUAAUCUGGCUGUGACGGUCCCACCUGAUGACGGAGACUUGUGUUGCCUCCGAAACGUCGUGAUCUUUAUUUUAUUUUAUUUUUAUUAAUUUUGAUGUUUUACCUACGUGACUUUACCGAAAAAACCUAAGAAUAUGAAUCCUUGCAGUCACGAAAGCUUCAAAUCUCGAAUCGAUGUUACUCCAUUACGAGCACAACACCGGGCAAAUACACAAUCGCCAAAACCCCACAAAGAACCGCGGUAACACUGCAUGGACCAAUUCAACACCGCAUGCCCACACAGCAGUUUGCUGAAUUAUCACAAUUCAGAGCCAUAAUCAGAAUCGAGAAUCAACGAUUAGUCUUGCCUUAUUUGUACCGUCCGAUUUGUAUUAUCCAUCUGGAAUGUCCAUUAACGUUCGGCAUUGUUAAUUCGAUUAGCCUAAAGGGGCAAUAACAACAUCAAUGAGUGAAUAAACAUUAAAAAGUAUUUUGCUACGUAAACAUUCGGUAACUUUUUUCCAGUCCAUCUGCCAACAGCUUACACGAAUCAAUUGCUAACAGCAGCAUUUCAUUAAGAAGGCAAACACUGAGCCAGUUUUGACUUAGAGUCUCAUCGGCAAAGUCAGGCCUGUUAAAUAAAUACUGCUGUUACCAGAUGUUACUGGUGAGAGCAGUCCACUGACUUUUUUACGGUUAAUUAUGUUUCCCAUGAUCCUCCAUGACAACACAUGAUUUGAACAUGUCAAACACAAUUCAGUCCUUUGCCAAUACAAUUCUGGAUGAAGGACUCACCAUGCCGUGCCGGUCAUGUUGGUCGUACGACCGGACCUCACCAUGCUGGACCGUGCGGGACCGUGCGGGUUGAUGGAGGAGGCGCAUAUGACCGGUUCAGAUAUCGCUCACCACGGAUAUAUUCGCCGUGGCUGGGAAAUCAAACCUCGGGUUGCCGAGUUUACAGAGCGAUGCGCAGCACCAACGCGCAACCGCUCCACCAAAUCUGCACGUAAUGUACACACCGUUUAAUCGAGCCCCAAACGCAAUGGUUCGACGCACGUAUCUUGAGCGUGGGAAUCAAUUUUAAUCGAUCAAUUGUUACAUGCCCAGUAACUGCACACCCAGCCUCACAACAAGGUGGUGAUGUUUUCGUAAAAUUAUUCCGGUCGAUUAAAAUAAAAUAACGCCGGGUCCACCGAGUGGAUCGCUGUGUGCGUAAGCGGUUCCCGCAGGACGUGGAUUAACACUUUGCGUUGGUCAAGAAAAACAAAUCAAAUUUAAUCGAUUUCAAAAAAAUCAAAUACACCGGUAAAGAGAUUGUUGCGUUUCACGUCGCAACCGUGUCGCAAAAAUGGAUGUCAUUCUUCCUUGAGGAGUGAGGCAAUGGCACCUCAGCAACAGAAAGGGAUUUAAAAAUGUUUUUUUUUUAUCAAGAUUAAUAAAAAUUACGUUUAUCAUGAACCGCCGCCUCAUAACAAGCAAAGAAACCAGACCAACAAUGCUCUUUACGAGCAAGAGUCGUUGCUCAAAAUGUUAGCCAACAAAGUAGAAGCCUGGAUAUAAGCACACCUAAUAUAAGCACGGUUCUAAAAGAAGCAACGGGUGCUGACAUUGCACUGGCGGGGGCCGAACGCAGCGCGUCACGUCUGAUGCGAUCGCACUUUGGAUACGGUGAACGCGCACGUGCCUCGACGCCUACGGGGGUUGCGUGCUUCUAAUCAGCUUCCACCGCGGUACGCUUUUGUCAAACGUGAUCAGGAUUCAUCUUCUUGGUUCUUUCGGUAAAGUCACGUAGAAGGGAAGUAAUAAAAUAAUAAAAAUAAAACAUGAUAAAAUAAUUCGCACGACGUUUCGGCCACAACGCAAGCAGCCGUCCCCAGGUGAAAACCAGGUCUGUCGAGGCGACAGCGACUCUAAGACGCUGUCGCCUCUACAGACCUGUUCUUCACCUGAGGACGGCUGCUUGCGUUGCCUUUCUGACAGACCUGUUCUUCACCUGAGGACGGCUGCUUGCGUUGCCUUUCCGACAGACUUGGUUUUCACCUGAGGACGGCUGCUUGCGUUGUGGCCGAAACGUCGUGAGAAUUAUUUUAUUAUGUUUUACUUUUAUUAUUUUAUUACUUCCCUUCUACGUGACUUUACCGAAAGAACCAAGAAGAUGAAUCCCUGCAGUCACGAAAGCUUUAAAUCGAAAUGUGGUCAGGAUUCUUCGCAUUUGAUGUUCAGCAGCGGGGAAGCAGGCAGCGGUAGGGGAAACUGUUGUCCCUGUGCUAAAGAGGGCAGACCUCGGUGGCCGCAGCUGUUCGUUCCCCUCGCGACGUCCGCAGGAGGGGGGCGGGCUCUGCCACUUCGGACGUUUACCACAAAGCGGAGCGCAGACAAAAGUCUCGCCGUCAAGUUUCUUUCGCCUUGGCAAUAGCGUCAACCAUAUCACGUACGCAAUUGAGGUAUAAGUAACUCGUCCACCCACCCUGAUAGGGGGUCAAAUGCUCAUAAAAACACCACGGUGGUGUCGGAGGUUACUCGGACGAACUGCGU